AUAUACUCCGUAUAUAUCAUGAGAGCAAACGCUCAAGCCAUCCAUCUAAUUUCACAUGCUAUAUACUCAUGACAUACAUGGCAUCAAACCCAAAACCCCAAACUCCUUCCUCUCCCCUUUUCAUUUCCCUCAGUCUCCUCGUCUUCGCGCUCAUUAUCGGUCACGUCGAACCACGUGCUUGCGACACGUGUCCUGCACGCUCGUACCCCGUCAUCAUCGCCCCGUCUCCUAACCCACCAAGCGGUCCAGGCAACGCAGGAGGCGGUGGCAACAAUGGAGGAGGAGGAGGAGGCAACAAUGGAGGCAAUGGAAAUGGCGGUGGCAUCAAUGGAGGCGGUGGGAGUGGCGGUGGGGGGCGUUGCCCGAGAGAUGCUUUGAAGCUGGGAGUGUGUGCAAACUUGUUGGGGGGAAUGGUGGGGGUGGUGAUAGGGAGGCCGCCCCCAACGGUGCCGUGCUGCACGUUGAUCUCCGGCCUGGCGGAUCUGGAGGCGGCGGCGUGUCUGUGCACCGCCAUACGAGCCAACCUGCUGGGCCUGAACCUGAACCUUCCGCUCUCCCUUAGCCUCGUCCUCAACAACUGUGGCCGUCGGGUCCCAAUCGGCUUCACCUGUUAGGAAUUAUUAAUAAACCUCAUAAAUAUUGAUCGAUUUGCUUGUCUUUAAUUUGCAUGCAUUGUUGUGUUUAUAAAUUAUAAUAAUAAUAAGUCGAUCGG